GCGAGACCCGCGGUUUUCGGUUGCAGCGGGAAUCUGACCACUUGCUUCCUGACUCAGACCCCGUGCUCUUAAUUCCUAUGCCGAUUGGCCAGAAUUAAAUAAGAGAGUCUCUGCAAAGGGCCUUUAUAGUGCCUGCUUUGUGCUCAGUGUGUGACCUCUGACUGUAGCGUCAGUGUAGAGCACUGCUGAGGCGGACUCCACCUGGAAUGAGCUGUGGGUGACUUGUAGCUUCACUCAUAACCAGCUGUGUCAUCUCCUGUCCAACUAACAUGCAGGCCUCCAGCGCUCGAUCUGUGCAUCUGAGUGAGUGGCAGAAGAAUUACUUCACAGUUGUGUCUGGCACAUGUACCUCAGGGCAGAAGGCAGACGCCUACCGGGCACAGAUCCUGCGUAUUCAGUAUGCACGGGCAAACUCUGAGAUCUCCCAGACCGCCAGUGCUAAUCUGUUCAAAAGGUAUGCAGAAAAGUAUUCUGCCAUUCUUGAUUCUGACAGUGUUGCAAGUGGCUUGAAUAACUAUGCAGGAAACAUUUUAGCUUUGGCAAAAUCUCAGCAGACGGAUAGUGACAAGUGGCAGUCUGGAUUGUCCGUAAGUAAUGUUUUCAAGAUCAGUAGCGUGCAAAAGAUGAUGCACGCAGGCAAAAAGUUGAGAGAGCCACUACCAGAGCCCUCUGGUGGCUCAGUGGGCAACUGGGGAAAGACCACUGACCUUGAUCUUCCUACGGUUAGUGUUGGUGGAAAUUCGGGAGAUAGUGACCUAUUACCCAGCUCAGUGGAUGACACUCAGUGGCUCCAAGGCAUGCCAGAGAACAGUGUGGAAUCUCCUGAGGCUCAGAGUGCCCUUCCGUCUGUGGUGAUGAACACCACUGCAAAAUUCCCCGCCACACCAUUAUUUGGGAAUAUCAAAAAGGAAAAUUCUAGUCCUACUGAAGGCAACACAGGACUAAAUAAAUUCUCAUCCAGCCCGUCUUAUUUUCCUUCUGGCUGUGAAAAUCUACAGGAAAGGAAGGCUUUUCAUGGUUUUGAUACCAUUGAUAAACAAAUACCAAAUAAGGCUUUUAGCAAAACAAAAGGUAAUAACCAAAGGGAAGACAAUAGCCUGCCUUCAUUCAAAACUGCAAAAGAACAGUUAUGGGCAAAUCAGAAGAAAAAAUGCCCCCAACGCCAGCAUACAUCAGGGUCUUCCUGUUGUGUGAAAAAGUCUCUGGGAGCUGGUAAGUCUCGAGGGAUAUUUGGAAAGUUUGUUCCUCCUGUACCCAAGCAAGAUGGAGGGGAGCAAAGUGAAGUUCGGUAUAAGUCUACUGGGGCAGGGCCUAUUGCAGCAACACAUCCUGUUGACAGCCGUCUGAAGAACCUGGAGCCAAAGAUGAUUGAACUCAUUAUGAAUGAGAUCAUGGAUCAUGGGCCUCCAGUACAUUGGGAAGAUAUUGCAGGAGUAGAAUUUGCAAAAGCCACAAUAAAGGAAAUAGUUGUGUGGCCCAUGAUGAGGCCAGACAUCUUUACUGGGUUGCGAGGACCCCCUAAGGGAAUUUUGCUCUUUGGCCCUCCGGGGACUGGUAAAACGCUGAUCGGCAAGUGCAUUGCUAGCCAGUCUGGGGCAACAUUCUUCAGCAUCUCUGCUUCAUCCUUGACAUCGAAAUGGGUAGGGGAAGGGGAGAAAAUGGUCCGUGCAUUGUUUGCUGUUGCAAGGUGUCAGCAGCCAGCUGUGAUAUUUAUUGAUGAAAUAGAUUCCCUGCUGUCUCAAAGAGCAGAUGGUGAACAUGAAUCUUCUAGAAGGAUAAAAACUGAAUUCUUAGUUCAGUUAGAUGGAGCAACCACGUCUUCUGAAGACCGUAUUCUAGUGAUUGGAGCCACAAAUCGGCCACAAGAGAUUGACGAAGCUGCCCGGAGAAGAUUGGUGAAAAGGCUUUAUAUUCCCCUCCCAGAUGCUUCAGCCAGGAAACAGAUAGUGGUUAAACUGAUGUCCAAAGAGCCAUGUCACCUCAGUGAGGAAGAAACUGAACUGGUAGUUCAGCAGUCUGCUGGGUUCUCCGGAGCAGACAUGACUCAGCUUUGCAGAGAGGCUUCUCUCGGUCCUAUCCGCAGCUUGGACACUGCUGACAUUGCUACCAUAACCCCAGACCAGGUUCGACCAAUCACCUAUAUUGAUUUUGAAAAUGCUCUUAGGACUGUGCGGCCUAGUGUGUCUCCAAAAGAUUUAGAGCUUUAUGAAAACUGGGACAAAACAUUUGGUUGUGGAAAGUGAGCAGGACAGAUGUUGUUGUGUUACUGUUUUUUAUCUUUUAGCAUCUGAAACUGGGGAUGUUACUAAUUGGUAAGAUCUUAAAUCUUCUAAACUCCAGGCUCCAAUGUUACUAUUUUUACUUUGCCUUUCAGUUAUAAGUUGAAAUAUAAGUUCAUUUAAGUAGAAUUACAAUGCCUGUUUUGUUUUUCAGGAGCCUUUUGAAGAUGUAUAAUAAGAAUAGUGAGCUCAAAUUGAAACUUUAGUCUGAUUGCAUUUGCAUAUGACAGUGUCUGAUACCUGUUCUUUCUUUUGAUUUUUCAAGGUAAGGUCUUGCUCUAGCCCAGACUGAUGUGGAAUUCACUAUGUAUUCUCAGGGUGUCCUCUAUCUCACAGGAUUCUUCUACCUCUUGUCCCAAGUGCUGGGAUUAAAGGCGUGUGCCUCCAGACCCAGUGAUUUGUGUUCUUUUAUUGAAGAAAGUUUCUUGUAAAAGAAGACAUCAGUGUAUUAUAGUUUACAUCUGAAACAGCCUUACUUACUAUUGUUUAGAAAGAUUUAGGAUCUCACCAGAAACUAAACUAUAUAAAUUUUCUUUUGCUGGUUUGUAAUCUCUUUUGUGGUUUUUGUUCUAUACCAACUAAUAAAAACAUGUUCAGAAAUA